AUGGCUCAAGAAAAUAUUUAUAAUGAUAAUAAUAAUGGAUUCGAUGACAAAGGUGAUACUUCUGAUAAUAAUAAAAAUGAAAAAAUGUUUACAUUAAAAAAAUGGAAUGCUGUCGCUAUGUGGAGUUGGGAUGUCGAAUGCGAUACAUGCGCUAUAUGCAGAGUUCAAGUCAUGGAGCAACAAACGAAACAAAUUUGUUUUAAAUCAUAA